GUGAUUUAGGUUAUCAUACACACUGAGUCAGUGCGGGUUCAGGCGGCGGGUCGGUUUUAUUGAGGAUGUGAGUGAGUGGACGGUGAGUCAAGACGAUGAAGAAAGCGCACAGCUGGUGACGUCGCGCGGUGUUUUCCUCCGUUUCGCAGGUCGGUUAGUUAAGUUGGCUGUUUUGGAGGAACUUUGACAUGUAGCUGCUCACACUGAGGGCAUGUGUCACGUCGUCUUCAGCUGUCCCCGCGAAACUGCCUAAACGUUAUUUAUUGUUACCGUUCAACACGACACUCCAGUGUUUCGUGGUCAAAAUGUUGGAAAAGUUGUCACGUUACUUCACCGCGGAGGGUGAACUUUUUCACGGAAAGGGUCGGUGGACUUCGGCGGCGGCUGCUGUGCUCCUCCUGGGGUUGUUUGCUUCGUCUUGCUGGGCAGAGGAAGCAUCCUGUCACGGAGCGUACGACCUCUACUUUGUUUUGGACAAGUCUGGAAGUGUCUCUGCUGACUGGUUCGAGAUUUACUCCUUUGUGAAGAACCUCACUGACAGAUUUGUGAGCCCCAGAAUGAGAGUCUCAUUCAUCGUUUUCUCAGCCAAAGCAACAGUCCUGCUGCCGCUGACUGGAAACAGAUACGAGAUAGAGGAGGGUCUGAAGCGCUUGCGGGACGUGAAACCAGCAGGUGAAACAUAUAUGCAUGUGGGAAUACGACAGGCCUCAGCUCAGAUACAGACGCAAAAGACCAAAUCCUCAAGCAUCAUCCUGGCUCUGACGGACGGGAAACUUGAAGUCUAUGUUCAUGAGCUCACAGUGAAAGAGGCCGACGAGGCGAGGAAAUAUGGUGCUCGUGUUUACUGUGUGGGUAUCAAGGACUUUGACGAGCAGCAGCUUGCUGAUAUUGCGGACACCAAGGACCAAGUGUUUCCUGUCAAAGAUGGCUUCCACGCACUCAAAGGCAUUGUCAAUUCUAUAUUAAAGCGAUCGUGCACAGAGAUCCUGAGUGUGGAGCCCUCCAGUGUCUGUGUGAAUGAGUCCUUCGAAAUCGUCCUCAGAGGGAACGGCUUCACUCUGGGCCGCAGCAACGAAGGCGUCGUCUGCAGCUUCAUAGUGGACCAGCAAACCUUCAAUCAUAAGCCAAGUACUGUGCGUAAUGACUAUCUGCUGUGUCCUGCACCGAAGCUUUAUGAAGUCGGACAGACUAUGGAUGUUCUCAUCAGCCUAAACAACGGCAAGUCCUUCAUCUCCAGCGCCUACACCAUCACUGCCUCCACAUGCUCAGACGGUUUGGUGGUGGCGAUAGUCUUCCUGGUGCUGCUGGUCCUCUUAGCUCUGGCCCUCAUGUGGUGGUUCUGGCCUCUUUGCUGCACAGUGGUCAUCAAAGACCCACCACCGCCUCCUCCACCUUCCCGUCCUCCACCACCUGAGCCAGAGCAGCUGCCCAAGAAGAAGUGGCCGACUGUGGACGCCUCCUACUACGGAGGAAGAGGAGCUGGAGGGAUCAAACGCAUGGAGGUGCGCUGGGGUGAGAAGGGCUCAACAGAGGAGGGGGCCAGACUGGAGAAAGCCAAGAACGCCGUAGUGUCCGUACCAGAGGAGGAUGCAGAGGAGCCAAUGAUCAAACGUCCCACUCCGAAGGCUGCCCCUGCCUACCGUCAAAACGAGAACAAAUGGUACACGCCCAUCAAGGGUCGUCUCGACGCUUUGUGGGCUCUGCUGGGGCGGCAGUAUGACAGAGUUUCCCUCAUGCGACCAACAUCUGCAGACAAGGGUCGGUGUAUUAAUUUCAACCGCGUGCAGCAUCAGUAGACGAGAAGGACGACUGUGUGAAAACCAACAUGUGCUGAUCGCUGUGGACGAGAGAAGAAUGUCGGGGGGUUUUUGAAGAUCUGUAAUCCUGCAGCUAAAACCACUAUCUGUUCACUCCGCUCUACUCUGUGCACAAAGUUUCCCUCCUGGUUCUCCGCCCUUAGACCUUUGAAGCACACAGGGUGAAAUGUUAAUAUUGGCUCUUAUUCAUUAACUUAUUUACUGCCUUUUUCCAUUACCUUUUUUUUUUUUUUUUAAUUAAGAGAAAAGAAGUCGGGCAGAAGAGGCGAGCGCCCCGGAACUUAGCACUCAGAGUCGGUUAGCUUUUUGUGCGCACCAAAGGCUUAACAUAUUCUGACCAUAUUGUGCCUUCUGUGGAAAACCUAAUUUCAUGGACACAGACGGAAGCUAUCUCAAAAAAAAAAAAAAAAAAAACACAGAGAAAGGGGCUGUUUGCCUUUGGCGUAGAA